AUGAGCUGCUUGAAAUUUGCACAGUUGGCGGAGCUCGAUGACGAGGAGGUCCAACAGCUUCUCCACAUGCUUGAUCCUGGCAUGGUUGAGUCUGGGGAGCAGCUCCUUGGAGCGGUCCUCGGAUGUUUGUGUGGCUUCCUCACGAAGGAUGGCGAGGCCGCCGACAAGUUCCGCACAAAUCACACCCGCAGCGUGAUCCAUCGCACCUUCGCCGUGCUGGCGGAGAAUUCGGCACGUGACACUUUCGGCAACCCAUCUGAGGAG